GGAAUCUUCGAAUUGAACGCCCACCACGGCACCCCUCCGCUCAAUUCCCUUUGUCAUAACGGCCUCGAUGUCUGUCUUUACCAUGCUGGUAUAGACAAGACGGCACGCCUGCCUGCAAAAUGCCCAAUACGCCUGUUCCUUCCAAGGGAGCACUACGAACGUUACGCAAUCUUGCACUCGGAACCUCAUGCACAGUUGCCUUCAGCGCUGGCUUGAUAACAGAGGACCGUCGUCGUCGUAUACAUGCUGCACGAGAAAUCCACAACAAUGCCAAACGGCUCAAGUCGUCGAGGCAGUACCACAGUUCUGGCACUGCGGCGGCCUUCGAUGAGCAAAUCAUGAAGUCCAGAGAUGAGGGCUUCUGGGAAACGACCGGCAGAUCACCGUCAAGAGCAAGAUCUGAAUCCUCAAAUACUGGGUCAUCGAAAGCCCAGAAGCCUAUAAUCCCAGCUGGUCAAGAGCACGCCACUUCCCAACCAAGCUCGAGAUCUGAGCUGCACUCCCCAGAGCAACCCCCGGCUCAAUGGAAGCCUCGGCCGAUCACAACUCACUCUCGGGGUCGAUUACUCAAACGCGAGCUGUUUACUCCGAAGCCCUCAAGGGCUUCAUUUGAGCUUGCGUCCAUGACUACUCGCAAGGAAUCAGAUGAAAUGCCCCGAGCAGAAAAUCGCCAAGAGAAGCUUGCUUCUGAUAUAAUGACGCUAUUGGAAAGCGAACCAGACCUGGCGAAUGUUGAUGCGGCAGCUUCACGAUUCUUUGAGGCUUUUGAGGAAGGGAUACUUGUCGAUAAUUCUGGCAUCGAUGCGCAGCUCAUGGAUGCUGCGGUUCAACUCUCGAAAGCUUGUAUGGCACAGAAGAAGUUAGAGGCCGUGGAAAAGAUCCUUGAUAUAGUGCUUAGCUAUGGCAAGAUCGAGCAAGAAGUCUUUCUCGCUUUCAACCCUGCAGCUAUCAUAAAAAAACUGAUAGAGGGACCAUUUGAUAAAGCUUCAGGUCACACAAGGAUCGAUGAAGGGAGACUGAAGAAAGCGUGCGCCCUAUAUCUAACGAAAUUUGUGGAAAACCCCAAAGUCAUAAAGAGCAACAUGGGACCCAUUGGUGAAAGAUUAUGCGCCGAGACAUGCCGAUAUGGGAUGUUUGAUCUGACUGAAGCCUUGUACUGGUGGACGACGAAAUGUAACGGCGAGAUGUCGGUACGCAGCGUCGACCGCCUUAUAACUGCCGCUCACGGACGAGGAGAUCAUAAGAGGGUUUUGAAAUAUUUCCGAAGAUUCUACAUCCAAAAAUCUCCUAAUCAGGUAGAUUUUUACAAGCUUGUUGGCCUUGUCAUCGAGUCCUCCUUUGUUUCCGACACGGACUCUGUCUCCGAAGAAAUUUUGUUUGCUGCGGCUCGUAUGGCUGAGCGGGAAGGCCUUGCAACUUCCACUACCUGGUUUCUGAAGAUCCUUGGGCACGACUGGAGAAGUCACCAGGAGAUAGACAGGACCCGGGCACUUUUCGAACGCCUUGAACCCUUCCUUGAUCGUACCAGGCAUCCUCAAGCAGUGUAUGGGGCUAUCAUACAGUUUUGUGUCGAGGCCAACAAUGAGCCAGCCGCUCUCUCCUACUAUGAGAAACUACAGGAAUUUCACGACCCGACCCCUGCAGAUGUGCGAAUAUAUGGUCACUUUGCUUUGGCAAAAGCCAUGCGGAACGAUUGGAGUGGUGUCAAGGAGGAUUUUCACAUGAUGAAGCAAAUGGGUUCCGACCGAAACGAUUAUGGUGCUGCAUUCACACCUAUUUUCAACCUGUUCGCGAAGUCACAUCCGGUCAAAGAAACAGAGGAAUUUCUGCGUGAUUUUGUUGAACAAUAUGGUGUAGUCUUAACACCUAGUUUGUCGAAUAUCGUGAUUCACGAGUAUAUCAAAGCCCGGGAGCUCGAUUCCGUUUCCCGCUGGUUGGACUAUAUGGCUUGUGUCAACUGCAAGGUGGAUCCUAUGUUUUUCAACAUGAUUCUCAAGGAAUGCUAUAAGCAAUGGAAAUUAUCCUUUGAAGAAUUACACCAACUCUAUCGAUCGGUAGCAAGCCUAGGCCCCCGGACCCGGCGGUUCAUUAACAACGACACUCUAUCAACACUUCGUCAUAUUGCCAUUACCGAUUCCGGCAACAAAGUUGCAGAAACAGUCAAAAGGCUAGAAUAUCUGAAGCUGCAUGUACCUAUAAAGCGUACAAAUUGCGGUCGUGAUAUUCUGGACUCCAUGACCGUGGCGCUGGCCAAAGGUCAGGCGGCCAAAGUGUUGAAGAUAUACCGGCAAGCUCUUAACGAGCAGAUUCCACUUUCCGCAUCGACUGUCACUGUUGCUGUAAAUGCUUCUCUAGAGCUUCACCCCAGAAACAUUGAUGCUACAGCUUGUCUACUACGAGAUUCGCAGCAAAACGGUCAAGAUUUGAGACACGCGUUGUCCUCGAUGUUUAUCCGCCAAUUAUCAGAGUUGGGUAACAAUGUCACCACCACAAGUAAUCUCAUCAAGGACACGGCUGAAAGCACCAUUUCUGCCAUGGAAUCUCGCGGUGUUAUUGUUCCACCACAUGUUAUAACGCAUACCAUGAGUGCUCUUGUAAGACAACAACAGCAGCGUCAGGCCAUAGACUUCUGGGAGUCGAUGUCUCAUCGCGCCGGUCACCCGCCAAUACCGAUCGAUCUGGCUACCCUUACUACCCUUCUUCAAGCCUACAUUGGACUUAAGGAUCCCACUGGUAUCGAGUGGGCCAUUCAAAUGCUCAGUGUAAAUGACCUGAUUCCGGAUAGGCGGUUUCGGAAAGCUCUCAUCAACGCUCGAAAGGAGGCGAAGAAGCAAAACACCCCGAAAUUUUUCGAUUCUCUCCAUCGUGCCCUCGAAGUUGUCACAGAGAUGCGGGCCAAGGUGGGCCGAGAAAAAGAGAAUGCCAAGAUCAAGGCUGUACAGAUCAUGGAGAAAGCUAUCGAUGUAGAAACAUCUAGAGGACGUAGGAUGGAGAUCAAGCGAGUUGAGUCGUCGGAUCUGAAUCCGAGUGCAUUCUCAACAGAAGCUUGGGCGGUUUCUGACCCCAAGUCAGUACAUAGUUUAGAUGUACCACCACCAAGUAUAGCUCGUGUGACUGUUCGGUAAUCUUGUUCAUAAUAAAUAUCACAUGUUACGUACCUAC